UCCAGUUCUGUUGCUCACGUUCUCAUUGUAGACACUUUCACCAGUGGUCACAGGGGUCAGCAUGGGCACCUUGACUGGUCUGCAGCUACGCAGCCCCAUAUGCUACAAACUGCGAUCCACUGGGUGUUCUACUAUAUAUAUAUAUAGUAUUGCUAUCAAUAUUUUGGGGAGGAUGUUGUGCUUUUAAUACCACUAUGUUUAGUUUGUAAUAGUAAGAAUUGUGUUUGUUCUUAGUAACUCAAAUCCCUUAUUAAAAGUCUAACCCAGCAGGAACUUGCAGUUGUACGGUUGAAGUUUACAUUUUGUCCAGCAGGGGUCAACAUUGAGUUUCCCCAGGAAUGAUAUCUUCCACGGGUGUUUUUGAACAGCUUUUGGAGGAGUUUUGAAACCCUGGUUUGUAUUGUGUGGGGCCUGGUUCUGCCCACCAUACCAAGGAGGUGCCUGGAAAAGUGGAAGAAUGUGUCAGGCUCCUGUGAGGGGGAUGUCUCUGACUAGACACACAACAAAGACAGACCGACAUACAGACACUAUCGAGACAGAGGCUUGCACAGAUACAGAGCAGCGUGAGAGAAACAUUCACUCCAAACUCACAGAUGGAGACAUUCUUCACCACCCUCACUUACUGCCACCAGAUCAAGGAUGUGCUACCCAACAUGAAGCCAAACCCAUAGGUGCCAACCGAGAGUUAGCGGAUUAUGGUGUUGAUUUGAGAAUGUUGACUUCUUCAGGCGACCGGACACUCAGUAUGCUUCCAGUGGGGUCAACAGCUAGCCUCCUGCCUACAACACCCCUACUGUUUGUGUGGACAGAAAGCAGGGAGGGCUCUGCAAGGCUGGUCUGAAUCCAAAUAGCAGAUCGCAGACAGAGAGGCUAAGUUCAAGACUAACAAUGGUUUUAAGAAGGGCUGUCGAAUUGGGCUUCCCCCUGCUCGGAGUGGUCUUACUCGGCGGUCUCUGCUGCGUGCAAGGCGGUCAAAAGCAGAAGGUCUCGGUCUCUCAGAGGGUGCCGGACACCAUACCCCCUCACCUCAUUUUCAUCUUGGCGGAUGACCAGGGAUAUGGGGACGUGGGCUACCAUGGCUCGGACAUCCAGACACCGGUUCUGGACCAGCUGGCUGGGGAGGGGGUGAAGCUGGAAAACUAUUAUGUCCAGCCGAUCUGCUCACCCUCGCGUAGCCAGCUCAUGACCGGACGGUACCAGAUUCACACAGGCCUCCAGCAUUCCGUCAUCCGGGCUCGCCAGCCCCUGUGCCUGCCGGCUGACACCCCCACCCUGGCUGAGAGGCUACUGGGGGCUGGCUACAGCACCCACAUGGUAGGAAAGUGGCACUUGGGGUUUUGCCUGCCUUCCUGCCUGCCCACGGGCCGUGGCUUUCAGAGUUUCCUGGGCUCCCUGACUGGCAGCGGUGACCAUUUCUCUUACCAGAGCUGUGACCAGGCUGAGGCCUGCGGCUUUGACCUUCACGACGGGGAGAGACCGGCUUGGGAAAUGAGUGGUAACUACUCCACAACUCUCUAUAUAGACAGGGUAAAGAAGAUAUUGAGGGCCCACGAUUCCCGCAAACCCCUCUUCCUGUACCUGGCCCUCCAGGCCGUUCACACUCCCUUGCAGGUGCCAAACCAUUAUCUACAGCGCUACAGUGGCGUGGAGAACCGCUCUCGCCGUCACUACGCGGCCAUGCUGAGCUGCGUGGACGAGGCUGUGGGAGAACUGGUGCAGGAGCUGAAGACCAGGGACCUCUACCAGAACUCUGUCCUGGUCUACUCAUCAGACAAUGGUGGUCAGCCCCUCUCUGGGGGAUGCAACUGGCCCCUGCGCGGGGGGAAGGGCACCUAUUGGGAGGGGGGCAUACGGGCAGUGGGUUUUGUCCACAGUCCGCUCCUGAAGCAGAAAGGAAAGGUGAGCAAGGCUAUGAUCCAUGUUUCAGACUGGUACCCCACACUGUUGUCUCUGGCGGGGGCCCCCGUGAAGGGCAGAGGCAAGCUGGACGGGCACGACGUGUGGGGGGCCAUAAGCCGGGGGCUUCCCUGCCCCCGCACUGAGAUCCUGUUCAACAUCGACCCAGUAUCCCGAAAGCCCGGUGAAGCAGACCCCAGGACCCUGGCCCGCAAUGGCUUCGGCAUCUGGGACACGGCGGUGCGGGCAGCCAUCCGGGCUGGGGACUGGAAGCUGCUGACGGGGAAUGUAGGGGACGGGGACUGGGUGCCCCCUCAGACGCUGCCCGGGGGGCCCCAGCAGUGGCAGGGCAUGGAGAAACGCCGGGACCAGAGGGGGAAAUCCGUGUGGCUCUUCAACAUCACCGCUGACCCUUACGAGAGGUCGGACCUGGCCGAGGCACGGCCGGAGGUGGUCAAGCUACUGCUGGGCAGACUGGCUGAGUACAACCAGACGGCCGUGCCACCCCGAAACCCCUCCGACGACCACAUGGCGGACCCUCAGCUACAUGGCGGGGUAUGGACACCCUGGCUGGGUGAGCCGAGCAACAAGGUGCCAGCAGGGGGCAGUGUGGUGGGAAGUAAGGGGAAAGGGAGCAGUAAGAUGAAGCACUGUAAGGUGUGCAAACUGAAAGCCCUCUUUAAGAAGGUGGGCUCCCGGAUGCAGAGGUACUCACUGUUUUUUUAGUCCACAGAAAGAAGGACAAUGACAGAGGAGAUUAGUCACUGACUGUCUCCUGGUCACCAUGGCAACUGUCAGAUUGACAUUGAGACUGAUGUUAUGAUUUCUCAUCCACCCAAUGAGAACACUGAAACACACAGAGGGGUAUUUCCUUUAUUUGGCGUUUAGUUAUGUGUAGUCUAUUUGGUGAUGUAAUGGACCUUACAGGCUACAUUCCACUGAUGACACUCUCCUCUAUUCCAAAGCCCACUCUAAACAACACCUCAAUGUGACAAAAUCCUAAAGUGUGAAGUGGCCAGAAAAAGCUCAUAGAGAUGAUGUUACACUCUUCCCCGAUGUUGUGAUCUUCACAAUGCAGUACAUCCAGAAACCAAAGAAUCUUACAGACUUGUGGCUCCUACCAUAUGUGUGUUAUGCUAGUUGUAAAAUAAAUUGGAUUCAAUGACAAAGGUUUUGAAUGUGCCACAUUACAGGAGCCAGAUCACAUCAGAUCAAAAUGUAAAGCAUUCGUCCCUUGACUGUAAGCCAUCUACGUUGGAACAUACACUCGUUCUACACUUUAUAGUGUAAUGUAGGUUAGCAAUCACACAUACAGGAGGGAGAAACACUCUCUGUUCGGUAUCUCAUGAAGUCUGAUAGAGUGCAGAACAAGCUGCCUGCUGCUUUCCCGCCUCCUCCUACAUCCGCCUAGCCAGGUUUCACCAGUCCCUUCCAUCCUCUUUUUCGGUUUUAUCUCAUUUUCUCAUUCGCUUAGCUUCCUCACAGAGGCAGGGAACGUCGUCACCCUCUACCCUCGUUGUCUUGUUGUUGUGGUCUUCUACCACCUCCCCGUUUCUUCCCGAUGUUCAGAGUUAUGUAGCAGAAAGAAAGAGGAGUAAGAGGAGGAGGUGGGAGGUUGCCAGGAGGCAGCAAGGCCUUACGGUUGCAACAUCCCUGCCUUAUCGGUGAUCUCCUUAUUUGUCUGUAUAAUUUUAUGCAAACAGAAAUGUGAUCUACCGUUUGCUGGUUUCCAUUUACAAAUACACCCUGGCGAAAUGUGCGGGCGAUUUGUCCCCUGUGUUGAUUGCCGCUGUGUGUCUGUGUGCGGACAGCCGUAUGUGUGUGCAUGGCAUGAAU